AUGGAUUUUGUCUACAGCAGCGGGGUGCUGGUUAUAGAGCACCUCCAGAACAACUAUAGGGAAUACCACGACUUCCUCAACUUCAUGUCAACUGUGGGAGACCCUCGUAAUAUUUUCUCUGUUUAUUUCCCCCUCUGGUUCCAUCUCAGCCACAAUGUGGGCACCAAGAUGAUAUGGGUGGCUGUUAUUGGAGACUGGCUCAAUCUUAUUUUCAAAUGGAUUCUCUUUGGGCAGCGACCUUACUGGUGGGUGCAAGAAACCCACUUCUACCACAAUGAUUCGUACCCACGCUUGGAGCAAUUCCACAUCACAUGUGAAACAGGGCCAGGAAGUCCAUCCGGUCACGCUAUGGGCUCAUCAUGUGUGUGGUACGUGAUGAUCACCGCUGCUCUCAGCUUCGCCAGACCCUCCUCCACUGUCACUUCUGUGUUUCGUCUCCUAAGGUCUUGUCUGUGGAUGGCUUUUUGGGUCAUUCAGAUGAGCGUCUGCGUCUCCAGGGUUUUUGUCGCGACACAUUUCCCACACCAGGUUAUCCUCGGCCUUUUAGCCGGUAUGCUGGUUGCAGAGGCUUUUGAUCACAUCCCCUCUGUCUACAAUGCAAGCUUGAAAGUGUACCUCCAGAUCAAUGUUUUUCUUUUCUCUUUCACCAUCUGCUUUUACCUGAUCCUCAAGUCGUCGGACAUCGAUCCCUUGUGGUCAGUUACUAAAGCCAAGAAGUGGUGUGCUAACCCGGACUGGAUCCAUCUUGACACCACACCUUUUGCCGGUCUGGUGAGAAACCUGGGGGCCUUGUUUGGUCUGGGCCUGGCGGUGAACUCUCAGAUGUUCAUUCAGAGCUGCAAGGGGAAGAACGGCUACAAAACCAGAUUUAAACUCAUGUGCGUGACAGCGACGCUCACGUCUCUGCAACUGUACGACUUCAUCAAGAUGCCCACACACACCGAGCUUCUGUUCUACAGCUUAUCUUUUUGUAAGAGUGCUUCAGUUCCUCUCGGUGUGGUUGCUGUUAUUCCUUACUGUGUUCAUUUGCUAAUUGGAGACGAGGACAGGAAACUGUCUUAG